GAGAGAGGAGGAAGUGCAUUCUAGUGGAACACACGCAAUGAAACAACAUUACAGUGACAUAAAGCAGCACAUUACUCGCUUUUUUACUCCUGUUGUAGCAUAAGCGCUGCGCAACAGAUGCUGGGGUCGUCGCAUAAUGGACAGGGCUGAGGAAUGAAUGACGCCGGCCAAAGACUGGGAUUCCCCAGAGCAGCGCCCUCUGCCGCUUCUAUUUCAAUGACAAAACCUAAAGCUCGAGCAAAUUGCUUCCUGCUUUUGCUGACGGUGCCCGGCUGGGGGUUAGUCUGAUGUCCUGCAGUGUCUGUGUGCGAUAGUUGUGAGGUGAAAGCAUGGGGCACCAGCAGCAGCAGCCGGGCAAGUCCUCAGAGAAAGACUUGUACAGGGACACAUGGGUGCGAUAUCUGGGUUAUGCCAAUGAGGUUGGGGAGGCGUUUCGAGCACUAGUUCCCAAAGCAGUGGUUUGGGCCAGCUAUGGAGUAGCCACGGCCUAUGUCACGGCUGAUGCAGCAGAUAAGGGCAAGAAAGCAGCAAAUUCUUAUAAAGAAAGCCCAGACCAGACAGCACAAGUCGCGGUGGCUGUAGUGGACACUUUUGUAUGGCAAGCUUUAGCAUCAGUGGCUAUUCCAGGCUUUACUAUUAAUCGGCUUUGUGCAGCGUCUCUCUAUCUCAUGGGACGAGUAACACGCUGGCCUCUCCCUGUUCGAAAGUGGGCAACCACCGCAGUAGGACUGUCUGCAAUCCCCAUUAUUAUAACACCAAUCGACAGGUCAGUAGAUUGGAUGCUGGACUCCAGUCUUCGGAAACUGUACAGCAAAUCCCAUUAGCAACUCUAAGAAGAUCUGCGGUACCAAAGUGUCUUAACUAAUCUGAGCUGCCCAUGAAAACUGGUUUAGAUGCAGUACAAGCUCUGUGAGCUCUCUGCUAAUGCCUGGAGGAUCACAAUGUGACAAUUUUGUUUUACUUAGUUUCUUUUUUGCAGGUUAGCACAUAACUACCUCCUUUUUGUUAGACACAUAUUAUAGGAGUUGCUUGGGGGGGUGCCUUGGUUCAUUAAAUAUAGCCAUAACUAUUUAGAAACAUGAUGUUAGUUUCCUUGACAUCUCAUGCUUGAGUACAAUCUGACCAAACUAUACCAGUCAGCUCACUUGCAGUGCAACAUCUAAUGUAAUUUGUUAGGAGCCAGGAGAACAUUUCUGAUAGCAAUAUUACUGCAUCAGCCAGGCAUCUCUCACCAAUGUGCUCAUUUUAUAGAUGGCAUGUAAAGGAGAGUUGAAUGGCUGUGUGAACAGCUUUAUAUACUAUCUUUUACCCAAUUAUCAUUAAAUGAGCGGGAGGAUUACUUGAUUGGUAACUGAAUGAGGGCUGUUCCAUCAGUUAAAACAUGCAGCCCUCAGCAACACUUUAAUUCUGGUAAAAAUUCUAAACAGGAAAAUUAUUUGAUCCCCCCCCAAUUCAAUGUAACUGCAUGUUUUCUUUUAAAGAAACUAAAAUUAUCAAGUCAUGGACAAAUCAAUAUAAUCUGAAAGGCAAAUGUUUGGCAAUAAUGUUUGGGCCUAUUUUUGCAGAAUAUAAAUACAUUUCAAAUAAAAUGUGAAGCCAUAUGAA